CUGCAUUGUUUAAUGUUGCAUUGUUUAAUGUUACAUUGUUUAAUGUUACAUUGUUUAAUGUUACAUUGUUUAAUGUUACAUUGUUUAAUGUUGCAUUGUUUAAUGUUGCAUUGUUUAAUGUUGCAUUGUUUAAUGUUGCAUUGUUUAAUGUUACAUUGUUUAAUGUUACAUUGUUUAAUGUUACAUUGUUUAAUGUUACAUUGUUUAAUGUUGCAUUGUUUAAUGCUGCAUUGUUUAAUGUUACAUUGUUUAAUGCAUCCAGCGGGGCGUCACAACUAAAUUAGGCAUAAUAAUGUGUUCAUUCCAUGACUGUAUGUAUCUGUAUCGGUUGAUAUUGGAAUCGGUAAUUAAGAGUUGGACAAUAUCGGAUAUUGGCAGAAAAGCCAUUAUCGGACAUCACACACACACAUAUAUAUAUAUAUAUAUAUAUAUAUAUAUAUAUAUAUAUAUAUAUAUAUAUAUAUAUAUUAGGGAUGCACCGAAAUGAAAAUUUGUGGCCGAAGCCGAAUAAAAUUUAAACGCUUGGCCGAAUAAUGAAUGCAGUUUUUCACAAUUUUUUUUUAUAUUGCAUAAAUACCCUAGAAAAAUAUUUUGUAUUUAGACAUGUUUUUCAAAUAAAGUAAUUUUUUAUUGAAUAUUGAAUUUUUUUAAAUAUUCCAGCAGCCUUUGGUUUUCAAAAAAAGCACAAAGUUUAUCAUUUAUAUUAGGCCUUCAAACAAAACAUGCAUUCCAAAAAAAAAUAAAGUGCAUUAAAGUGGAUAAACCCACAACAAAUGAAUUAUUGUCCUUUUGGCAAAAGUCUGCUUAGCCACAGUAGAUAUGCUAAUAAUGUAAACAGAAGGCUCAAGUAAAUCUCAAUAAGUGUGUGCUUGUAACCUCAUACACUUAUACAGGUAGCCUACACAACAGGCUAAUAAUGUAAACAGAAGGCUUAAGUAAAUCUCAAUAAGUGUGUGCUUGUAACCUCAUACACUUAUACAGGUAGCCUACACAACAGGCUAAUAAUGUAAACAGAAGGCUUAAGUAAAUCUCAAUAAGUGUGUACUUGUAACCUCAUACACUUAUACAGGUAGCCUACACAACAGGCUAAUAAUGUAAACAGAGGCCCCACUAAAUCUCAAUAAGUGUGUGCAUGUAACCUCAUACACUUAUACAGGUAGCCUACACAACAGGCUAAUAAUGUAAACAGAAGGCUUAAGUAAAUCUCAAUAAGUGUGUGCUUGUAACCUCAUACACUUAUACAGGUAGCCUACACAACAGGCUAAUAAUGUAAACAGAAGGCUCAAGUAAAUCUCAAUAAGUGUGUGCUUGUAACCUCAUACACUUAUACAGGUAGCCUACACAACAGGCUAAUAAUGUAAACAGAAGGCUCAAGUAAAUCUCAAUAAGUGUGUGCUUGUAACCUCAUACACUUAUACAGGUAGCCUACACAACAGACUAAUAAUGUAAACAGAAGACUCAAGUAAAUCUCAAUAAGUGUGUGCUUGUAACCUCAUACACUUAUACAGGUAGCCUACACAACAGGCUAGUAAUGUAAACAGAGGCCCCACUAAAUCUCAAUUAAGUGUGUGCUUGUAACCUCAUACACUUAUACAGGUACACAACAUAUCCAACGUCACCGCACGUUGGUUGAUUGCGUCACCGCGUCAAAAACCUGCGUCACACGCCACUAUUCGGCCUUGUUUUUAACUCAUUCCACCGAAGGCCGAAUGUGGCUUUUUUUGCCAUAUUCGGCCGAAUAUAUUCGGUUACCGAUUUAUCGAUGCAUCCCUAAUAUAUAUAUAUAUAUAUAUAUAUAUAUAUAUGGUCAAAGUAGCUCGCCUGCUGAAAAAGUGUGGGCACCCCUGAUUUAGACAAACUAGAGAUUUAUGUUUUUCCGCCUGCCAGCGAGGAUGUGUGGUUGUUACAGCGAAGAGAAGCCAAUUUGGGGUGACUGCAUGAAAAAAAAAAAAAAAAGAAUUAAACACAGCGUAUCACUGCCUGCGCACCAACUGAAACAAACGAGUGCCUUUCUUUGACAUGGACAGUAUUAUUGCAGCACAUUGCUGACGUUGAAGGGCUACUGCACACACACACACACACACACACACACACACACACACACACACACACACACACACACACACACACACACACACACACACACACACACACUUUGUGUAACUUCCUGUCCGCUGCGUUCAAAGCUACUCUACCAAAGCUACUCACAAUAUGUUUUUGUGGAUGACAAUAAAUGACGAUUAGCGCACAAAGUUCUUGCAUCCAAUUUAUUUUCUUGUCUUUCCUCCGCCCGUUGAAGCUCGCAGGCAGAAGCAGCUUUCUCGUCUUGGGAGAAUUUCGCCUUGGAGCUGCCUCAUUAAUUAGUUGAGCAUAUUAUGCAGAACCGCCUUCUAUCCUUUCACACACACACACACACACACACACACACACACACACACACACACACGGUCAAUCUCUGCCUGAAAGAUUUGCUGUGUUGUCUUGAGUGGUGUAAACAAGCAGGAAGGAGAAGCAGGGGGCAGGAGGAGACUGCCGGGUCUGCUCCUGAUGAUCAAACAUUCAAUUCGUCAAUAUCACCAAAUCAUCGUACUCUCUGACAGAGACCGAGCAAGCGACACGUGUCGGCUGCAGGGUUUGGAGUUGAUUCAGGAUGCAGUCACUCCUCGCUCUGGUGAUGCUGGGAUUUCUGGUCUCCGUCGACUCAGUUCAGUGGCGGCGUCCCGUGAUCAAGUUCAACUCAAAGACGUUGUCUGGUCCUGAAGUGGUGGUCAAACCUGGCACCCCGCUGGAUUUGAGGUGUGAGGGUGACGGGCCUGUCAACUGGCAACCCAGGCUGGCCAAACACAGACGCUUCGUGUCCAGGGGGGGCGGCCGCGUCCGCACGCUGAAGGUGGAGCGUCCCUCGGCCGAAUUCACAGGAACCUACAAGUGUUUUUACACAGGCGGACCACAGCUUCGUAAUCUGACCUCGUCGCUUCACGUCUAUGUCAAAGAUCCCAGCCGAGUGUUCUGGACCAGCAGCACCACUCUGAGGGUGGUGAAGAAAGAGGGUGAGGGUUUCAUGCUGCCCUGCCUCCUGACCGACCCGGACGCCACAGACCUGAGUCUCCGCAUGGACAACGGCACCUCGGUGCCCCCUGGGAUGAAUUUCACCGCCUACCGGCACCGGGGUAUUCUUAUCGACAGCCUGCACCCCCGCUUCAAUGCUGACUAUGUGUGCACGGCCAAGGUCAACGGGGUGGAGCGCACCUCCAGAACAUUCCACAUCAACGUCAUCCAGAAACUACGCUUCCCGCCAUAUGUCUUCUUGGAGUCGGACGAAUACAUCCGCAUCGCUGGGGAGAAACUGAAGAUCCGCUGCACGACACACAAUCCUAACUUCAACUACAACGUCACCUGGCUUUACUCCACCAUAUCAAAAGCCAGCAUAGAGGAGAGUGCGCGCUCAAGUGGUGAAAACCGGCUGGACAUCGAGAGCAUCUUCACCAUCCCUGCUGUGGACCUGGCAGACACAGGAAACAUUACCUGCGUUGGCACCAACGAAGCCGGCGUGAACAGUUCCAGCACGUACUUGCUGGUCGUAGACAAGCCGUACAUCCGACUGCUGCCGCAGUUGUCGCCGAAGCUGGCCCACAGAGGUCUCUCCAUCGAAGUUAACGAGGGAGAAGAUCUGGAGCUCACGGUGCUCAUCGAGGCCUACCCUCAAAUCUUAGAGCACAGCUGGAAGACGCCAACAUCUCCCAGCGUGUCCACACAGGAGAACACGCUCAUCAGAUACAACAACAGAUACCACGCCACGCUGCAGCUGAAGAGGAUGAACUCUCAGGAGCAAGGCCAGUACACCUUCUAUGCCAGAAGCAACCUGACCAACGCCUCCGUCACCUUCCAAGUCCAGAUGUAUCAGAGACCCGUUGCCAUGGUGAGGUGGGAAAACGUGACCACUCUGACUUGCACAUCCUUCGGCUAUCCUGCCCCGAGAAUCAUCUGGUACCAGUGCUUUGGAAUACGACCCACGUGCAACGAAAGCAACACAGGAAUGCAGAUGGCCAUCCCACUGCAGGCUCAGACAGUGGAGGUCCAGAGGGAGGAGUACGGGGCUGUGGAGGUGGAGAGCGUCCUGACCGUAGGACCGUCCAGUCGGAGGAUGACAGUCGAGUGUGUGGCCUUUAACCUCGUCGGAGUCGACAGCGACACGUUCGCCAUGGAAGUUUCUGAUAAACUUUUCACUUCCACCUUGACUGGAUCAGCAGGCAUUCUAUCCAUCCUCCUCGUGCUGCUGGUGUUUCUUCUCUACAAAUAUAAGCAGAAGCCCAGGUAUGAGAUCCGAUGGAAGAUCAUUGAGGCGAGGGAUGGCAAUAAUUAUACCUUCAUCGACCCCACGCAGCUGCCCUACAACGAUAAAUGGGAGUUCCCAAGAGACAAGCUCAAGCUGGGCAAGAUCUUGGGUGCCGGAGCUUUUGGAAAAGUGGUGGUGGCCACAGCCUACGGUCUGGGAGAGGAAGACAACGUGUUGCGUGUGGCUGUCAAAAUGUUAAAAGCCAGCGCACAUUCCGAUGAGAGAGAAGCGCUGAUGUCAGAGCUGAAGAUCCUGAGUCACUUGGGACACCACAAGAACAUCGUCAACCUUCUGGGAGCCUGCACCUUUGGAGGGCCUGUGCUGGUCAUCACGGAGUACUGCAGCUUGGGCGACCUGCUGAACUUCCUCCGCCAGAAAGCCGAGACCUUUGUGAGCUUCGUCAUGAACAUCGCGGAGAACACCAACGACUACCAGAACAUCUGCAAGCAGAAAUAUUUCAUCAGAAGUGACAGCGGGAUCUCCAGUGAGUCUUCAAGCAGCUACUUGGAGAUGAGACCCUCUCAGCCAGAAAACAAGGAGCCUGUACAAAACUCUGGGUGCGAGGAGACUGGCGAAUGGCCUUUGGACUUGGACGAUCUGUUGAGGUUUUCCUAUCAAGUGGCUCAAGGCUUGGACUUCUUGGCAGCCAGAAAUUGUAUCCACAGAGACGUGGCUGCCAGAAACGUCCUUUUGACCAACCAUCGGAUAGCCAAGAUUUGUGACUUUGGCCUGGCCCGAGACAUCAUGAACGACUCCAACUACGUGGUGAAGGGAAACGCGCGUCUGCCAGUGAAGUGGAUGGCUCCAGAGAGUAUCUUUGACUGCGUCUACACUGUCCAGAGCGACGUCUGGUCCUAUGGAAUCCUCCUCUGGGAGAUCUUCUCUUUGGGGAAAAGUCCUUACCCCAGCAUUGCCGUGGACUCCAGGUUCUACAAGAUGGUGAAACGUGGCUACCAGAUGUGUCAGCCGGACUUUGCACCACCUGAGAUAUAUGCCAUCAUGAAGAUGUGCUGGCAUCUGGAACCCACGGAGCGGCCCACUUUCAGCAGGGUCAGCCAGAUGAUACAACGCCAGCUCGGGCAGCAAGAACAGAUGAUGUACCAGAACGUGGAUCAGCAGCUGCAGGUGACAGAGGUCGAGGAUCGUGACGCCACCGAGUGCUGCGAGGACCCCUUUGAGAGGUCUUGUGAGCUGAGUGAGGAGCUGGAACAACCUUUGAUGAAGACCAACAACUACCAGUUUUGUUGAAGCCCCCUUAUCUGUUGAUGGACACGCCUCAGUGGCAUCAGGUGUUCCUACGUGCAGAAGAAGCCACGCCCACAGACGCAGUGACCGCAGGAAAGAGGCUCCCCCAUUAUCACCCCUCAUGGACUCUUUUGCAGCUCCGUCUGUGCAGGAUCUACCCGGAAAAACCUCCAGUCAUCUUCUUCACUGCAGGAUGUUGUUUUUAUCCCCUCCCAUGGCAGGAAUUGAACGGGCACUGUAGCCCUCUCCCACACUCUCCCCCACCUCCCCCCGCAGUUAAAGCGUGUCCAAUGGAUUAUGACGGCGGCAAAGAAUGACAACGUUGUUUUGCUGAAGUCAUUACUGUUGCCGUGGAGACAUGUGAUCCCGCUCAAGUCUAAUCAGUUAUCAACAGGUCGGGAGCGAUGGUGGACGUGUGAACUGGGCGGGGACAAACACCAUCAGACUCAGCGAGGAGGGGCUCAUUAUGGCCUCAUUUGCCAGGAAACGUGGCGAACUUUUUUUUUGGGGGGGUCACAUUGUGAACGUUAGCCUCCCGUGUGUUGAAUAUCUUAAAUUGUGUGUUUGUGCUAUGGAGAGUCACGCUUUCCAUCAUUUUCAAUAGACUGCAUUGCAAAAUGAUCCACCCUCUUCCUCUCGCGUGAGAUCCCCCCAGGAAUGAGGCCAUAUGAAUAUGAAUAUGAAUAUGAAUGCCUCCCCACUGUAGAUCAGAAUGGAAUAACACAUAUUAGCUCCUGUUUGCACAGCACAACACAUUAUUUGGCCCUCAAGUGACACACAUUGGAUUUGUUUUCUUUCUUUUUCUUGCCAGUCUAAACACUCCAAAGUGUUUCAAAUCUCAUCUUUUGACUUCACGUUCGGACCUUGUCGGAUCUUUUCAAAUGCAGUCAAAACGAUAAUGCCACCUGAAUGCGACGUUUUCGUCAGCUUUGGCGAGCUACGUCACUCGUGAGCGACAGGGGAAAAAAAGGUGACCCGCCAGCAGAAGUAAAUACUUCAUCACAAUGUCAGCAGAAGUAAAUACUUCAUCACAAUGUCAGCUUUGGGUGAGCAAAGUCGGUUUUUGGGCUGGCGGAUUUUCAGCAACAUCACAAGUCUGUAGUGUGCAACUUUUAGGCUAUCAUGUAAUAUAUGUGGAAUAUAUAUACACAUAUAUAUAUACACAUAUAUACAAACACACACAUAUACAUAUAUAUAUAUUUGUGUGUAUGUGUGUAUGUAUGUGUAUGCAUAUUUAUGUAUAUAUAUAUAUAUAUAUGUGUGUGUAUAAGUAUGUAUGUGUAUAUAUAUACGUAUAUAUGUAUAUAUAGCCUAUACGUGUAUAUACAUGUAUAUAUAUGUGUACUCAUAGGCUAUUAUGUAAUGUAUGUAUACAUGUGUACAUAUAUAUAUAUAUAUAUUGAUUGAUUGAAACUUUUAUUAGUAGAUUGCACAGUACAGUACAUAUUCCGUACAAUUGAGCACUAAAUGGUAACACCCCAAUAAGUUUUUUAACUUGUUUUAAGUCGGGAUCCACGAUAAUCAAUUCAUGGUAAAUACAUACAUACAUCUACGCACGUGUAUUUAUAGGCUAUUAUGUAAUAUAAAUAUAUAUAUAUAUAUAUGUGUGUAUAUAUGUAUAUAUAUACAUAUAUAUCUUGAUUGGAUUAUCCAGAGAAUAGUGCUCGAUACCGUGGUAGAGUGCAAUAUGUAGGUGUGAGAAAGUAGUUUUGGGAUUUUUCCCCACACCUACAUAUAUACAUAUAUAUAUAGAUAUAUAUGUGUGUAUAUGUAUAUAUAUAUACAAAUAUAUAUGCACAUACAUAUAUAGCCUAUAUGUGUAUAUGUAAGUGUACCUAUACGCUAUUAUGUAAUAUAUAUAUAUAUAUAUAUAUAUAUAUAUAUAUAUCUAAUAUACACAUAUACAUGUGUGUGUGUACAUUUAUAUGUACACAUAUAUUACAUAAUAGCCAGUAAGGACACAUACGUAUACAUGUAUAUAAACAUAUAGGCUAUUAUGUAAUAUAUGUAAUUGUGUACAUACGUAUACACACAUGUAACAUACUAGACUAUAAGUACACAUACAUAGACUAUUAUGUAAUACAUGUAUAUACGUCUACAUACAUACAUAUGUGUGUGUAUAUAUAUAUAUAUAUAUAUAUGUAUAUGUGUGUGGCUGUGUGUACUUAUAGUCUAUUAUGUAACAUAUAUUACAAUAAAGGGACAAGCAGUAAAAAAUAGAUGGAUAUUCUGAUAGCGUUUGUCGCAGGACUGGAAGUGACGGAUGUGGUGUGUUUACUUACAUUUUACGCAAGUUGUUUAUACUAAGUGAGUUAAAAAAACAAAGCUGACAUGGAUCCACGCCGACGUCCAUGUCAGCCAUGAAAUGAUUGGAAGUCUCCCAAACAUGAACAUCCAUUCUUACUUUAUUACUUUCUUUUCUUCUCAUGGAAGAAGAAGACUCUUACUUUAUUAUUACUUUCAUUUCUUCUCAUGUAAGAAGAACACUUUUAAGGAGUGGCGAUGUAUUUUAUUUUAUUUUGUAGUAGUAGUAACAACUUCCUUGUUCAUUUAGACUACAGUCAACUUCCUUUGUUUUCACUUUGUCAAACUGUGCACGCAUGUGACCUUGAAGCCAAAUAGGGGCCACACAAGGGGCCCCACUGGGGCCACACAAGGGGCCACACAAGGGGCCACACUGGGACAACAUAAGGGCCACACAAGGGGUCCACACUGGGGCCACACUGGGGCAACAUAAGGGCCACACAAGGGGCCACACUGGGGCCACACAAGGGGCCACACAAGGGGCCACACAAGGGGCCACACAAGGGCCACACAAGGGGCCCCACUGGGGCCACAUAGAGUCUACAGUGGUGUCUACUGAGGACCACAUUUGCCUUGCAGUCAGCUGGUAAACAUGAGACUUGUCCUGCAGUGCAGCCGUGGUCUUGCACGAUGCUCCUGAGAAGCGGCGUCCUCAAACGUCCACUGUGAGGGACGCCGCUUUUCAGCCGCAUGUAAGACGACUUCUCUUUUCCACUUUCAAAAUGUUCUUUUUUUUUUAAAGGAGUCAUUUUCCAACAGAUUUAUUCGCUUGAUGUCUCGCUUCAUUCAUCACUGCUGUCCUCCAAUCAAAACAUUUCAUUUGUGUGUGUGUGAGUGACCGGAAGAAAAGCUCUGAGUCGUUCGGCGCACCGGCUGGUUUGCCAGGCAACACGUUUUUUUCCAGAUGCGUUUUUGGAAAAUAAUGUUCAAGACAAAAAGAAGUCAAUAUUUUUUAAAUCACAUUUCACUUUUCAUAUUCUGUUUCCAUGAAUACCUUAGCAUAGCAUUAGCAUCACAACACUUUCCUUUUCACUGGUGUGUGACAGUAAGAAAAGCUCUGAUCGACAAGUCUCUGUCCCAUCGCUGGUUUGUAUUAGCAAAUCGCUUUAAGACAACUUGUCUUUUUCUCAUUUCGUUUUUAGAAAAAUAUUUUUCAAGACAAAAAAAAAAAGACAUAAUAUUUUUGAAAUCGUAUUUCAUUUUUUGUAUGUUGUUGCAUUUAUGUUUUUAAAAAAAUCUUAUUUCCUUUGUGAUAUUUUGAUAUUCAUAUCGCCUUCUCCGUUUGCAAACUUGGGCGACCUUUUCCUUCUCCACUUUCUGAGGUUUGUGAGUGACAGGAAGAAAAGCUCUGACACCUGUUUGGUUUGCAUGUAUAUACAGUAUUGGCCAAAAGUUUGGACACCUUCUCAUUCAAUGCGUUUUCUUUAUUUUCAUGACAAUUCACAUUGUAGAUUGUCCCUGAAGGCAUCACAACUAUGAAUGAACACAUGUGGAGUUAUGAACUUAACACAAAAAGGUGCAAUAACUAUAUUCUACUUUCUUCAAAAUAGCCACCCUUUGCUCUUGCACACUCUUGGCAUUCUCUCCAUGAGCUUCAAGAGGUAGUCACCUGAAAUGCUUUUCACUUCACAGGUGUGCUUGAAGCUCAUGGAGAGAAUGCCAAAAGUGUGCAAGAGCAAAGGGUGGCUAUUUUGAAGAAAGUAGAAUACAAAACAUGUUUUCAGUUAUUUCACCUUUUUUUUAAGUACCUAACUCCACAUUUUAAACUACUAUGUAGUUUUAAUGCCUUUAGUGACAAUCUACAAUGUGAAUAGUCAUGAAAACACAUUGAAAUGAGAAGGUGUGUCCAAACUUUUGGCCUGUAUUGUACAUCUCCAGACCCCAAAUAUAAGACAACAGACUAUUUCCUGGGGAGAGUCCCGUCUUAUAUUUGGGUCAAUAUGGUUAUUAGAUCUAAUCAAUUUGGUGAUUUGGAAGAUCAGAAGUAUUGAUCUGUAAAACCUGAAUAUAAGACGACCGUAUUCAGGGUCCAAUGGCAGCGUUCUUCCUCCCGACCCACAUGUCCUCAAGUCAACACAACCCACAAUAUUCCAAUACUGCGCCUGCUUUAAAAAUCAUAAACACUUUUUUCCGCCCCUGGUGACCCACUUUGGUUCCCAAGUUUGGAAAAAGCCAGGAAGCGACAGAAAGAUAUAAAAGUAUUGUUUUGCUUGACAAUGUGAAUGUUUUUGUUGUUGUUGUACAUUUCAGCCUACACUGCCAACUGGAUAUUAUUAUUAUUAUUAUUUUGGAGUUAGAGGUUGUAGUGUUUUUGCCUCAUUCUUGUAGAAGUGGGAUCAUGUGAGAGUGGAAUAAAAGCUGUACUUUACAAUUGGAGAA